CCACUACCACUACCACUACCACCACCACCCCCGACUCCCUUAUUGGCAGCGCCAUCCACACCCUCUCUCUCCACAACACCAAAAAAAUUUCUCCCCCCUCCCCCCCGUCUCGACUGCCUUUCGUCUUCCGACUGGACUCGGACUUUUCCGUCGCUCUAA